AGUAUUGCUAUUCUUCACACAUCCUCAAAUGGGUCUCAAGAAAAACGAAUCGGGACGCACCGUUUCCACCUCUUUGAUGCUCCUCUUGCUGACCCUUAUUUCGUGCGCUUUGGCCUACGCCUUCUUCUCUGCAGUGUUCACAGACCGCGGAACCUCUCCAGUUCCGGACCCUGAGAUUGAGUCGUUUGCACGCGCCAAAGGCAGUGGCGCGUGUUGCAGAGGAAUUGAAAAUUUGGAGCUUUGGGGAGCUGCUGUGAAAUGGGGUUCUGAGUUCAAAUUCAACCAUUCGGAAGGGUGCUGCAACGCGUGUAAAUCCUUGUGCGCUGGGAACGAUGGACCGUGUUUGUGUGAUACGUGGGUUUUUUGUGGCAACCGUCACAGUUGCGGAUCCAAGUAUGGUGAGUGCUGGUUAAAGAAACAAAAGGACAGCUUAGCCCCCGAACAGGAAGACACAGGGGAAGCAGUUCGUUGGACUUCGGGUCUCAUCUUUGGAAAAGGAGAGGGAAUUGUUGAACUAGAAACUGAAUAUGGAACUCUUCGUGUAAAACUUUUACCUGAAUGUGCCCCACACUCUGUUGCCUACAUUUUGGAAUUGUUGACUUUGCACCAUUGUGCAGGUUGCCAAUUUUUCCGUGCAGAGAGCCGAGGUCAAUCCUGGGAUUCAGAAGGAAACCACCUAAAAAAUGCCUCUUUUGGUCCUCCAUUUGCUUUGAUUCAAGGCACACUGGAAGCCCAGGGAACGAUAUUGAAGAAAAUUCCCAUAGAAGAUUGCUCUCCUAUGAGAAGGGGUUCAGUUGCUUGGGUUGGUUCUGGCCCAGAAUUUUUUAUAAGCCUUGCCAACCAUAGGGAGUGGAAAAAAGAAUAUACUGUCUUUGGUUCUGUUCUUCCAGAAGAUAUGCAUAUUGCUGAGAGAAUUUCUGUACUCCCCACAAUAUCUGAUGUUUGGAACAAUAUCAAUGUUGCCGUUUUGGAAAAUCCCGUUCCUUUGAUGCUGCGGAGAAUCAAGAAAAGCCCCGAAGAUUUUAACAACAAACUAACUUGAGCUUGAGACAAUUCUUUGCUCAAAGUUUUACAGGUAUAUUGUUCUCUGCUUUAACCAAGGACAUACCUAUGUUUUUC